AUGUACCCUCAUGGAUCGCGCCCCAAACGAUUGGCGCAGUCUCCAUGGUACGACGGCGAAACGACGGCGAACGAUGUUCGGGCGUCCACUGCCGGGCCUGGGAUGAGGCGCGCCGCGGCCAGCCAUGGGGUGACCAUGUCCAUUCUAGGGCGGAACGCUCUCCUCGACACCACGAACGCCGGAGCGGCUUCGCCGCAACGGUUGCGGUCGCUGAGGGGUUCCGCAUUGAGGUCAGCUACCGCUGCCUGGGGUGAAGGAGGCGGGAGGGGUUCGACGGGUGGAAGAACUAGUCCUAAUGUGGUUCACGUGCGCACCACCAAAAGGAUGGACCAGGAGAUGGGGUUCCUCAGAGUAGGCACGUACUUUACGGUGAGAAACAUGCACCGGGAGUCGGAGAAUGUCACCGCAGCACUAUGGGAAAUAAAUAUGCUAAUCCAGGCAUCCAAAGACCCUCUGAGGCACGGUUUGACUACUGCACUGGCCGGAAGGCUUGUUCGACAGACGGACCAUGACGGUCUGAAGUGGGACCUGCUCAAGCAAGUCCUCAAGGUGAUCACAGGGUCGCAGCACGGACUACCGCUACAGGCUGUGAAAGAAGUAGCCGCUGCAUUUGGAACGGUCGUCGGCACCUCCAAAUUGGCCACCAAGGCUCAGGUAUGGAAGGCGGUGACGAAGGACAUAUCUGUAUCGUUGCCCGUACGUGGUCAGCGAUAUCCCGUCCAGUUAUCGAUGAAGCGUCCGCGCCCGGAGAGGGAGUCGGUGCUGUUCCACAAGUUGUUGGGGAUUGCGCCACCGGUGCCUACUGCGACGGGUUCCGCGUCUAGGAGCGCGAUGGCCAGCGAAAGCCCUCGUCGGGAACAGACAAACGCUGCCGCGAACAUCCCCAGGAUGCGCCACAGGCAUCGCUUGGAGCAGGAGAGGCUCGAGAAAGAGAGGCAGGCGCACCUGGAGGAGGAGCGAGAGAGGUGGAAGCGCAGGCGUAGGCGGGAACAAGAGAAGGGGAUCGCGCCUUCCAUACAGCAGGGUCUUGCCGGUCCGGAAUCUCACAGUGCUUUCGCACUGUCCAGCGCGGACGGCAUCGGCGGCGGCGGCGGCAACCGCCAUGGCGGGGACGACGACCGCGGAAAUUCCAGCUUAGAAUGGAACCGCGUUUGCUUCGCCGAGACGGCCCGCAUGUUCACCCUGGUGUGCAGCAACGACCAGGAGCGGCACGCCGUGACGACGACGUAUCGCCACCGCUUCUGCCUGGAGCUGAGAGCGGUCAUGCAGGAAGGGAGGGACCCCCUCCGUUUCAGGAACAACCAGAACAACGGUGGCGACGGCGGUUACGACUCGCCUAAUAUGAUAGAGUCCGACCGAUUUCUUUCGCCACCACACCGCCCCAGCAAUCGCUCGUCGGAAGAUGGAAAAGCCUCCUCGCUGCAGCCCGACGCAUACUCUUCUACCGAGACGCCACAUGUCUUGCCCACCGGCGGUCGGCCGACAACAGCAAAACCCGCGAAGGAACGACCUGGUAUUCGGCUGCAAAAGGGAGAAAGACAUGGUCGAGGAGGGGACAGCGGGAUGGGUUCGCCCGGGCCAGAAGAGAAUGGCAUCACGGCGGAAGAGUUUUCGGAGGCUUUGGCGCGAUGCCCCGAAAUGCUCGAAGCGUUCGGGAGCCAGCUAGACGCGAGGCUACGACACCGACAUCGGCCUAUUUGGAUGGCGCCGUUCAUGAGGCAGGGGGGCUAG